GCUGAAGCAUGAUAGAGGAGGCAGCAGUACUGCAACACUUUGGAUUCAAGCUUCCGUUAAAAACUAAAGAAGAUUAAUUAAAUGGAUCAGCUGACAAGCUGAGCAAACUUCUGGAGACGAUGAGCUCAAAAUCAGGCAGCGUAAAAUCAGAAUGAGCAUCAACAGCAGCGAACAGGCGGAUGUUUACACCAGGCUCUCCGAAAGAGACUCCGAUCUGAGCGAGAAUGUCCCUCUGUUGGGAAAUGAAUUGGCGCAGACCAGAGCCACUGGAGCCUCCUUCACCUCCUCUGUGUUCAACUUGAUGAACGCCAUCAUGGGCAGUGGGAUUCUGGGUCUGGCUUAUGCCAUGGCCAGCACAGGGAUAGUAGGCUUUUGUAUCCUGUUAGUACUGGUAUCCAGCCUUGCAUCAUAUUCCAUCCAUCUGCUUCUGACGCUUUGUGACCAAACAGGUAUCAACACGUAUGAGGAACUUGGAGAAAAAGCCUUGAAAAAACCAGGAAAAGUUUUGGUCGGUUUAGCGAUUCUCAUCCAAAAUAUCGGUGCCAUGUCGUCCUACUUGUUCAUCCUGAAGUCGGAGUUUCCUGCAGCCAUCAGCAGCUUCGUGAAUGCAGGAAACACCGGAAAUGCCUGGUAUGAAGAUGGCAGGCUACUUCUCAUCAUCAUCACACUUUGUAUUGUUAUGCCUUUAGCAAUGUUGCCAAAAAUUGGAUUCCUGGGUUACACCAGCAGCCUUGCCUUCAUCUUCAUGUUGUAUUUUACAGUUGUGGUUGUGGUGAAGAAAUGGUCUAUUCCAUGCCCGUUGCCUCAUAACAUCACAACGUUCUCAGACUUUAAGAAGGUAUCAAACCAAUCUGACUCAGAAUGUACACCUAAACUCUUCAUCAUCUCCUUAAAGAGUGCCUACGCCAUCCCUACUAUGGCCUUCUCCUUUCUGUGCCACACAGCCAUCCUGCCCAUCUACUGCGAACUGAAGCGACCAACCAAAACCCGAAUGCAGAACGUUGCAAACAUCAGCAUUGGUCUCAGCUUCCUGCUCUACUUCAUUUCUGCUCUGUUUGGGUACCUCACCUUCUAUAGUCAUGUAGCGUCUGAGCUGCUGCUCGGCUACGACGUGUACCUGCCGCGCGACAUCCUGGUGAUGACGGUCCGGCUGGCCAUCCUUCUCUCUGUGCUGCUGACGGUGCCGCUCAUACACUUCCCCGCCCGUAAGGCUGUGAUCGUGAUGCUGUAUGGAGGAAGCCACUUCUCCUGGCUGACCCACAUCGUCUCAACUCUGAUCAUCCUGGGAGUGGUGCUGAUGCUGGCCAUCUUCGUGCCUGAUAUCAGGAAUGUGUUUGGAGUCGUUGGCUCAACAAUGUCCAGCUGCCUGCUGUUUAUUUUUCCAGGAAUUUUCUACCUUAAAAUCAGCAGCCAACCGAUCAAAUCCGUCAACUCCAUUGGGGCCAUAUUUCUGGUGGUUUUUGGGUUGAUGAUGGGCGUUACCAGUCUUACUGUUAUCAUUCUCUCAUGGGUGUUAAACUCCUGAUCCAAAUCCAAACCAGAAAGGGAAAUGUGAACCAAAGAAACUGAAUCAUGAAAGGGACCAGCAUCACCUCAGGGAUGAAUACUAAAGUAUUUAUAGCGCUUUCAAAUUACGACAAACUUUUUCUACAUAUUGACUUUAAUUUUUCUUUAUUUUUCUGGAUUUAAAGAUGAACAAGGGAUGAUUUUACUAUUUUGAUUUUGCACUUUGUUAUUCCUUUAAACUUUCCUGAAACGAUUCUUGUCCUAACUGGAUGUAUUUCUGCCCUGUUUUGAGCACUAAAUGAAGGGAAAAUUGUUUACAUAAUGAAACUCGGGUUUGCUUGUUUAACAACUAAAAUGUCUUCAUCAGAACGUCUAAGACUCAUCUGUGUAAACAUGUGUUUGAUUGGCAGCAGCGGUUGUGAUGCUGAGGGUCACGCUUUUCUGUGGUUUGGCUUGCAGCUAAUGAAACCCACACGCUCCGCACGUUUCCAUUCGCCGUCGCACUGUUUAGUAGUUCGUCUUUAAGUCGCCUCUCAAGCACCCAGACAACUAGUCGGCUUUCUGCUUUAAAGAAGAGCCACUUCAAUCAGUCUCCUCAUUAAAUAAAAUGCAAUUAAUAACCCUAAACAAACUGCGGAUGACAACAGUUUACAGUUGCCACAGCUAAAAUCCACAACAUUAAUCAUGACAACAGUUUUAAAAACGUACACAAAACAUGACAAAAUCACACGUGAAACCCUGUACAUAAUUAAGUCUGUCUAAAAUUAAUGUUAGAAUAUAAAACUUGUAAAGGAAAAAGGGGGAGGAGCUGUCAGUUACUGGUUGCUACGGUAACCGCCAACUGACAAGACCAACGCCCGUGACGUCACUCUCUCUGAAACUCUGCCCGCUCCGCCAUUGCGGACAUAAAAUCAACCGAUGCGCCCCUGUGGCCUUUAUAAAGUUGAUUUCACAGCACGAAACGGGCACAGGAUGCUGCGCGGUCGGCUGCGGAGAAAGACGAGGAUGAAAACCAAACUUGUAAUUUUAUUUUAUGACUUCUAAUGAGGUAAAAUGCGGCGGCGACGGAUUCCAGCCGUUAAUCAUAAUGACUGGCAGCCCUCGGUGUAACCGCGGAUUUGCAGCGAACACCAUUUACAAGGUAAAACGAUUAACGUUCAGAAUACAUUUUAUAAGCAAGUGUGACUAGCAAGAUAUGAAAUAUCGCAUUAUGGAGGAAGUACGCGUCUAACCAUUAGUAACCAUGGAAACAGUGCCCCACCGUCAUGUAGCCUAGCAUGUAUGGAAAAACCUGGUUAGCAUCUCGUCUUCUGCACGUUUUUAAGGCUGCUCCAGUGUAACGGGAACCGCAGUUUAUGACGCAGUGAUAUAAACGAAGAGGUGUGAAUUCAAACAAAGUUGGUAAUAUGAUCAACACGUCAGGACGGAGGAGUUAUGGGUCAAUUUCUAUGCUAGCUGUUUCAAGCUCCUGUAAAUACCGCCGUCUGUGAGCAAAACUAAUCGAGAAAUUUGGAGUAGAAGCCAUGAAUAAACUGACAAAAACAACUUCAGUUGCUCUGUUCAAUUCCGACGUCCAUCAUGGCGGUUAAAAUAACUGAGUGACGUCGUUGCAAAGGCUACGUCACUCAGUCAUGCCAUUGCAACUACGUCACUACGUCACGUUAUUGCAAAGGCUAAUAAAUGUCUGGGAAAAAAAUGUUUUUUUACUAAACAAAAUUGAUUUGAAGAAUAAAUAAACAAUUUUUUUUGACAAAUUUCACAUCUGUAAUGUAAACAAAAUUUAACCAAAAUAAAUGGUUUUGAAUCUUUUUCCACCUACAAUGUGGCCUUUGACAAAGUGUCUGAGCGUCUUUAGACACUAAAGAUACCUUAGACAUCUUUAGUGUCUAUAUACUAACUAAUAAGUUAAGGUAUUUAAAAUUAAGCCUUACAAUUUCUUAAAUUUGAAAGAUAAAUGAAAGUUGACCUUAGAUACUUUAAUUGCAGAUUUCAAAUUUUGUGAGGGCACAGACAUUUUAUUUCAUUUAGUUUAUUUUUCUCAUGGGACAAUUUUGUAAGGAAAUUUGAGUCGCAGGCAGAUGACAUCAUUGCAUUCUGUGACUUGAGGCGGUUGAAGCUACCACCCACAAGCUGCUAAUUACCCUUGCUAACCACCUUUUUUUAUGUAUUGCCAGUUGGUUGGGCAAUGUUCAUCUUUGCCACUGGCUCUCUUCUGUUGCCAAAAUAUCCAAUGCUACAUUCAUUCUGUGCGAAAAAAAGAAGGCAGCGCUACUAUUAUAUCAAAUAUAACAUUUUCUUUUGUACAUUUAUGUUGUGAUACAGGUCUUAAAUUUUAUUCAUAAUGAUCUUUAAAAGGUUUUAAAUUAUUAUUAGUUGUAAAUUUCCCUUUGGUGAUUACAACAAAAAUAAAGUAUUUUUGAAUAUGAACUCAAUUUGAAUUAAAUUUGCAUCGAUGAAACCUGCAGAAACCCUGUGUGACCUAUACAACUUUAUUGGAAAACAAAUAAAAAUCUUGAAAUGGUUGUGAAGUUA